GCUCACCUUUUUCGAUUUAUCCGCCGCCAUCUUCGUCUCCCAAGAUCUCCACGUACUCUCUCUCUCUCUCUCUCUCUCUAAAACCAGAUGGAUAUCUCCAUCUCAAUCCGUUCUCCGCUUCGAUCUUCGCCAUGAUUUGGCGUCGGAUUUCGACUGUGCCGAUCGUCGCGGACAUGGUGAGCGGCGGAGCUACGGAGGCCUGAGCCUCUUCGGGACCACAUGCGGUUCCUCGGCCCUCUCUCUCUCCUGGCAAUCGCGUGCUUCCUUCUCGACUCGCUCAGCAGGUUCUCCUCCCACCACCUCCUGAUCGGGCUCUCCGAACCGCGGUGCGCGUCGCUGUUGAAGUCGCUGAGCAGCGGGAGCGAUGGCGAGGGCUGCGGCGGCGGCGGCGGCGGCGUUGUUUCGGCGAUCCGAUGCUCCCGCCAGGUCCUCGCGGCCGUCGCUCUCGUGCUGGUUGCGCGAUUAGGGCUCAGGGUCUCGCCGUUCGGCCUCGGCAGCAAAGAGAUUGUCCGAUUUCUGUGUGAGUUCAAACGGAAAGCGAGUGAAUUAGGAGGUGCGGAUAAGGUUUCUCGAAAUCGUGUCGAUUUGAAGGUUCUGGAGACUUUCGAUUCGCCGAAAUGGAACGGAUCGGUGACCGGUGAAGCGCUCGUGAGAGGAAUUGCCGGUAAAGCCAACAAGCUCGUCGAAGAAGAUGACGAGGAGGAGGAGGAGGAGGAUAGAGAAUGUUCGUGUCCGGAGGAUGAAGUAUUCGACGUUCUAGCGCUGAGGAAGAUGGUGAAGAUCGAGCGGCGGAGAGCGAUGGCGGCGUCGAUGGAGCUCGAGAAGGAGCGGAUGGCGGCCGCGUCGGCCGCGGACGAAGCCAUGUCCCUGAUAAUGCGGCUGCAGAGCGAGAAGAGCUCGAUCGAGAUGAGGGCCAAUCAGGACCGCCGGCUGGCGGAGCAGAAGCAGCAGUACGACUGGGAGGUGAUCGAGUCACUCCGGUGGACGGCGGCGAGCCACGAGUCGCGGCGGAGGGCGCUGGAAGAUCGGUUGAGGUCGUGCGGGCGGAGGUUGCGCGCGAGCAGCGACGGCUCGAGCGGCGGCGGCGAAGGCGAGAGCUGUUCCGGCGGCGGUUCAGAAGAGAGCGUCGGCGAUGCGGUCACGAGGUAUGGAGAAGGAGAAGAAGAAGAAGAGGAUACGACUCUCGAUGAUGAUGUACUGAUGAGCUCGCUCGAGCUUGAUUCGCUGCUGAUUGAGGAAUGAUCUUUGCUUCUCUGGAUUUCGCUGCCCACCAUUUUCUUUUUCCGGCUUAAACUUAAUUAUGAAGAUUAACUUAUAUCCAUUAAAGAUAUAAAGAAGACGAAAUAUCCUCUACGGUUGUA